UCUGCUGAAAAACUGACAUUGUAUUUGGGUAUGUGUUAUGUUCUAAAUUAAUGAAAAAGGAAGCACACAAGGCAAAGGUUUCACUCUAUUUCUUGGCUGUCACAGCUACUUUUGGAACAUUCCCAAACAAUUAGCUCUGCAUUCAUAUUAGCCUAGGUAUAGAUGCCUGUGAUACAGGGGAAAACUAGCAUUAUUAUGUAUUAAAACUGACUGAGAUGAGCACAACUGGACACCUCUUCCCCUUGGUUGCAACUCUGCACAGUGUUUAGCUUAUGGCUGAGAAAUGUACCUGUCUAUUAACUGCUAUGCGGUGCAGCACUUAGUGAGAAAUAUUCUGCAGAGACACAAGCACAUCUAUAGCAAUUCAGCAGCUGUUAUCAGGAGCUGAGAGUUUAGUCUGUGAGUAUGAAAGCUGUAGCCCCCUGCAGUUUUUCAGAGUGGAAAAAGAGUCUGGAUUCCUUCUCUUUUAUUUUGCUCAAUAUUCAGCUCUCUAAAGCACAGAGAAUGGUGAAUCUAGGUGAUGAGAUUUGGUUAGAACACUGUCUUUCUAUGCAGGAUCCAGUAUAGCUGCCUGGACUGUCCUCUGAGGGAUUACUUCUGCACUGUACAGAAAUCAGAAGGAAGAAAGGCACUGAAUGACUCAAAGCAUAGCAAACUGUCUCCCUUCCAAACAAGGACUAAGGACAGGCUGCAAAGAGUGGACAGUUCUCUGAAUGUCUGCAGUAAAGAAUGAUUGAAGAUAGAAUGAAGUGGAGUUUAGAAAAACUUUUGUCAUUCUGGGUCACAGACUGGAUAUCAACUAGUCUCUUGUUAAAUACCUUUCAGAAGACCAUUUCAAUAUGACUCAAAGCAUUAUGGAUAUCCAAACCAUUGCUUGGCUUUGGAGAAAAGAACAGUUCUUUGUAUUUCUCCUUGGAAUGUUUGAUUUGAAGUUCUAUGUUUCCCUAAAGCACAAUAAGAAGUAAUCACUUUAGAUGAUGAGCACCUUCAGUGGAACUGGGAUGUUGAUCAGCCUGACAACAGUAUCUAUCAUUCGAUCUUUAGAUAUUAAUUUCCACAAUGGAGUGAUGGCCUGGCACAUAAACAACAAUGUGACUCUUAAUCAGAGCAUGCCAACAUCUGUCCCUACAAAUGCAUCUGAAGAAGAGAAUGAAUCACUCGUCAGCAAAAAUUGGUCUGCCCUGUUGACCUUAAUUAUUAUUAUCUUGACAAUUGGCGGUAAUAUACUUGUUAUCAUGGCUGUUUCACUUGAGAAGAAGCUUCAAAAUGCGACCAAUUUCUUCUUGAUGUCUCUGGCUGUAGCCGAUAUGCUGGUAGGAAUCUUGGUGAUGCCAGUAUCCCUUGUUACCAUACUGUAUGAUUAUGCUUGGCCAUUGCCACGGAAACUGUGCCCUAUAUGGAUUUCAUUGGAUGUCCUCUUCUCCACUGCUUCUAUCAUGCAUCUGUGUGCAAUCUCUCUUGAUCGUUAUGUAGCAAUCCGCAACCCCAUAGAACACAGCCGUUUCAAUUCCCGGACUAAAGCUAUGAUGAAAAUUGCUGCUGUCUGGACUAUUUCAAUAGGUAUUUCAAUGCCAAUCCCUGUGAUUGGCUUACAGGAUGACUCCAGUGUUUUUGUGAAUAGUAGCUGUGUUUUAAAUGAUGAAAAUUUUGUACUUCUGGGAUCAUUUGUAGCAUUUUUUAUUCCUCUCAUCAUAAUGGUGUUCACAUAUUGCCUGACCAUUCAAGUACUUCAAAAGCAAGCUACAGUAUUCAUGUAUGAAGAGGUUCCAAAGCAGAGGAGCAGCAGUGUUAACUGUCUGAAAAAAGAAAAUAACACAGAAAAUAUUUCAAUGAUUCAGAAUCAUGAGGCGGCAUCUCAUUUAAACUCUCCUAUUAACAAAGAAGGAGCUCUUUUCCGCAAAGGAACGAUGCAGUCAAUUAACAACGAGCGUAGAGCUUCUAAGGUUCUUGGAAUAGUCUUCUUCUUGUUUUUGAUUAUGUGGUGUCCUUUCUUUAUCACGAAUAUCAUGUCUGUACUUUGCAAAGAGGCAUGUGAUAAUGAACUCAUGGUUGAACUUUUGAAUGUAUUUGUAUGGGUUGGUUAUGUGUCUUCAGGAAUUAACCCACUGGUCUACACACUUUUUAAUAGAACAUAUCGUAGAGCAUUUGCCAGUUAUAUCCGUUGUCAGUAUUAUAAUAGUAAAAAGACAAUGUUGCAGCAAACCCAAUGUCAACACAAUGCUACAUCAACAGCAAUGUAUGGCAAGGACCUUAAUUUGAAUAGUUACAGAAAUGGCAAUGAACUAACAAGCGUGGACAUGGAUGAAACAGAGGAAGCAAUAGAAAUGCAACCUGGGACUUCAGAACUAUCGAUAAACAAUUCUAAUGUUAUAAGUGAAAGAGUUAGCUGUGUGUGAGGGAAGUUCCCACAAGAAAUAUAAAAUCUUAUUUGUGAAAAUUAUAUUACAAAAUAUAUCAUGUAAAUAUGUAAAUAUUUCAGAGCAGACAUUUUUUAUUAUAUUUCUGCAAUCUUUUGUGUUGAUUGAGCCCUGGAAUUAAUAUAUUUCCCAUUGUAAUAGAUGAAGUAGUAAUUUUGAUUACAUUAUGGAUAUAAUGUUAACUUUCUUUCCAAAUGCAUGAAAAAUUGCUAAGAAUAAAUUUCAACAUUUCGGUGUCCUUCAAACAAUGAGCAGCAGACAUUCAUAAAUUAUAUAGAUACAUGUAAGUUUCAUAAAAAAUUGAAGUGACUCCAUCUUGUUUGCAUGAGUUUCACAAUGGGGUAAGGAAAUUGUUUUCACUUUUCAAGAUAUUUAUUUUAAAUAAAAUGGGGAAAAGAUUGUAACCAACCUACAACAAUAUUGAAGGAUUUGAUUCUACUAAUUUAUUCUCUGUAAGACGUUUGUGAGACAUUGUACUGUAUAGCAUAUUUUUUCUAGGUGAUAUCAAUUACAAAUAUAUUCAGUGUUCCAUAUUAUACACCACAUUAACAUAAUGUCAGUGUUCUACUGUUUAUAUUAUAUUCAGGGCUAAUAUUCUAAUGUAAAAGAUAUUGGUUGACGUUACGUUAAAUCUUUCUAAAUCACCAAUGAAAACCAGUUAAAGGGAAUUACAUGAUGAGCACAGACAUUAACUUUGCAAGGCCGCUCUCAGUAUAAUCUAUAUUUACCAAUAUGAAAUCUAGUGUUAUAAAUCCAGUUGUUAUAAUUUGUAUCUUACUAUUGUAUAUUACCAGUAUGUAUUGUUCAACAUAAAGAUGCCAUAAAUUGGA